CCGUCCGCGCCCGCCCACGGCCGCUCUGCCGCUGGUGUUGCUGCUGCCUCCGCCGGCAGCCCGCGGGCAGAAGCCCGACGCAAGGCGCAGGACCUGUCGCGUCCUCCCGGGACAGCCGACGCGUGCGUAGCCUCCCACCCCGAGGGACUCCGCCUGUCAGGCGUGUCUUCGGACCGGCGUAGCGUGUGUACUGCGAGAAACGAGCGAGCACGCAUCGUCUGUUUUCCUCGUGCAUGUGCCAGCGACUGUGCCCUCCCGAGUGAUGUCCCUCGCGGCAGCUGUCACCGUGCGCUCUGGCAUUUCAGUGACAGUCCUUUGAAAAGUGUUGUCUCCGAGCUUGCUGGAAGGUAUGAAGAGGAAAUUUGUUUACUGAUUCUCUCGCCUCACGUUCCUGGGAGGUGGUACGUCUUAGUGAUACGUGGUGAACCGUGUGGGAACACGUGUGUCGCAGUGACGGUAGCGAAGUGACAGAUGAAUUUAGCUCGCGCUUAGGAAGAUUCGACAGUCGCCAGGCUUACACAAGCUGAGUCGAGGAAGCGAUUUCUGGCCUAGCAAGACGGCAACUUCGUCUUAGGUAUGUGCAUCACGAUCCUCUGGCACUGAAGAUUUUGUCUGCAAAGCACUUGAAGUGACGAAGCUGCCCUCAUAACGCCAAACAGAAGCGAACAAGAUACGGUGAGCAGAGGGCCCGUAUGUUGACUUGACGCCGUUUCUGGGAGAGCUGAGUCGUUCCUCGUUCACGAAAGCAAGUGCGCGGCCGCCAGGAUGCGUGGCCGGCGCGCGCUGUGGGCGCUGCUGUUGUUGCUGCUGCCUCCGCUGCUCGUCGCUAACUCCGUGGACAAAGGGAGGCGAGAGAUGCCACACCGGCACUCUGAGUGGCAGCAGCUGUGGUACUCCAACUUCGAGGAGUUCCAGCGGCUGACGGAGCCCACGUUCGACAACAACACCGUCAGCAACGUGACGGUGCAGCUGGGCGGCACCGCCUUCCUGCACUGCCGCGUGCGCAACCUGGGCGAGCGCACGAUCUCGUGGGUGCGGCGCCGCGACUGGCACAUUCUGACGUCGGGGCUGUUCACCUACACCAACGACGAGCGCUUCCAGGUGCUGCACGCCGAGGGCUCCGACGACUGGACGCUGCAGAUCAAGUACGUGCAGAAGAGGGACAACGGCACCUACGAGUGCCAGGUCUCCACGGGGACGGGCAUCAUGUCUCACUUCGUCAACCUGCACAUCGUGGUUCCCGAGGCGUUCAUCCUGGGCAGUGGCGAGCACCACGUCGACGUCGGCAGCGGCAUCAGCCUCGUCUGCAUCAUAGAGAAGAGCCCGACGCCGCCGCAGUACGUGUUCUGGUACCACAACGACCGCAUGAUCAACUACGACACGGCGCGCGGCGGCAUCUCGGUGGACACGGAGCCUGGGCCGAAGACGCAGAGCCGGCUCACCAUCCGGAACGCGCACGACUCCGACUCCGGCAACUACACGUGCAGCGCCUCCAACACGGAGCCCGCCUCCAUCUUCGUCUUUGUGUCCGAAGGUGACAAGAUGGCGGCCAUACAGCGGAGGAAGACGUCGUCCGGCUCUGACGUGGACGCCGUGCUGUGGUUCGUGAUCCUGCCGCUACUGGCGCUAGCUGCCAGAUAAGUUCGUCGCCCGCGACGAGCCACGAACCCCUGACCGCCGCCUGGAGGCCGGCGCCAGCCUCUCUUGUCGCAUCGCCGGCGACGGCGCCAGUGCCAUUCUAAACAAGAAGUUUUUCACCAGUCGUGACUUUUGUCCUCCCCUUGUGCCACAGAAGUAUUUCACUAUUGCUUGUAUUCUGACCCGAUCCCAGUGUAAAUGUAUUUUAAGGACAAUACCGGAACUGUAAUGAAUAGAGUAUGGACUUGCAGAUGAUUCUCUUUCGUAGGUUUUAAUAAAAUGUUUACUGAAAACUGAGACUCUUGACUACAGUGUAAGAGCCGCCUACAUCGUUCGACGAGUUCUCUGUUCGUCACAGUUAAUCAUUCUCUUCUGAAGCAGAGAAGUCCGAUGGGAAACUUAGAGGCCCACGUAAGGAGAAGAAAUUUGAAAUCCUGUACAUCAAUAUUUUAAUUCGAUGUAACUGUUACAAAUUUUAAACUUUAAGCUUCAAUUAUUGACAUUUAAAAAACAUUUAAUUACAUUUAGGAUACUAUAUUCAAACGUUGUAGCCACUCUAAUUUUCUUCUUCGUUAGCUUAGCAUCAAUUAUGUAAAGACCAUAAUUUUUAUAUCCUAUGUUAUCAUGAGUAAAAAAAAAAUGUGUACAUAGCAUCUAGAUAUAUUGAUUCGUAAAGAAUUCCAUUAAAUCUUGA